CUGGGGAGAAUGGAGAUCAAGUUUUUGGUGAUCUGUUUCAAAACCCUCCUCCUCCUAUAUUCCUUUGUGUUUUGGAUUACUGGGGUGAUCCUGUUGUUUAUUGGAGUCUGGGGAAAGCUUACCCUGGGCAUCUAUUUAUCUAUUGCCAGGAACUCCACAGAUGUUCCCUCUGUGUUCAUUGUCACUGGCACCAUGAUUGUCAGCUUUGGUCUAUUUGGAUGCAUUGCUGCAUGCCGAGGGAGCCCAUGGAUGCUGAAGCUGUACGCUCUGUUUCUGUCACUGGUGUUCCUGGCUGAGCUUGUUGCUAGCAUUUCAGGGCUUCUGUUUCACCGUGAGAUCAAGGCUAGCUUCCUGAAGAUUUACACCAACGCUGUGCAGAAUUAUAACGGCCAUGGUGAGAAGAGCCAAGCGGUGGACCAGGUGCAGCAUUCCCUGGCCUGCUGUGGUGUGACCAACUACACCAACUGGGAAACCAGUCCCUACUUCCUGGAUCAUGGCAUCCCCCGCAGCUGCUGUAAGAAUGAAAGUGACUGCGACCCCCAGGAUCUGCACAACCUGACUCUGGCUGCCACCAAAGUUAACCAGAGGGGCUGCUAUAAUCGGAUGAUGGAUUUCUUGGAGGGAAACACGGGCAUCGUCAUUGGAGUGCUCUUUGCAGUCACGUUUUCCCAGCUGAUUGGCAUGAGGCUUUCCUGUUGUCUGUCCCGGUUCAUCAUGGCCCAUCAGUAUGAGAUGAUGUGA